AUGGCUUUUGAUAUAAGGAAGGGAAUUAAUUUAGGGAAUUUUCUCACAAAAUAUCAUGACAUUGACAUUGCAAAUGAAUUACCUUCUUUCCAAGAAUUUGUCGAAGCUAUAGUGGUUGUUCCAUUAAAAGAGUACCAAAAGCAUCGGCUUUCACCAAAAUUAAAAUACAGAGAUGCUGAUUACAAAAGAUUUUUAAGAUUGCUAAUUGUGAAUUUAUUAAAAGACCAAUCUCAAAAUGUAUUGAUAUCAAAACUACCUCCCUUGAAACUAGACAAUUAUCUUAACUAUAAAUUGAAGUCAAAUUUCACUAAAUCAUCAUUCUACAUGGUAUCGGAAUUGGAGUCAGAAAACUGGAAAAGAAUAUUUGAACUUCUUGGGUCAAAUAAUUUUGCCGAUUUGUUGAUCAAUAAUCAGGGAUUUAAACAAAAAGGUAAAGCUCAGGUUCAAUUCUUCGGAGAUAAUGUCAGCUACGUACAUCGAACUAUUGAAAUUAAUAAAAAUUACAUUACUAAAAGGUCAUUACUACAAAAUUUAAAUAAGACCCAGGUUUUUUGGAAUUAUCAGCUCCUUAGGACGAAUGAAUUGGAGUUGUGUAAGGAAAUUUUCGAUUCACCUAUUAAAGCCAAAAGGUUUAACAAGAUCAAAAAUAUCUUGAAACUGAUAUUAAGGAAUGAUGAAAAAUGUCGUUACAAUAUGUUAUAUAAGGACGCUCUUGUUAAGCAGAAAGAGAUUGACUAUGAAAAUAUAUCCAACAAUGCUAGUUCUUCAGAAGAAAUUUUUCUGAUUAUUUUUUUGGUACUUGGUAAGCUUCUCCCUUUGGAUGCUUGGGGAGGUGAGAUAAACAAGAAAAUUAUACGUCAUAAGGUAGUAGAAUACAUGAAUUUGGAUCCGAAUGGAACUUUAAAUGUCCACGAGAUCACGAAAAAUCUUCAUUUAAAGGAUUUUGUAUGGUUAGGAGGAUUGAAAGGCUCGUCCAAACAGGAUUUUGAAAUUAGAUCGGUAUUGUUAAAAAAAUAUAUUACAUGGAUAUUUGGAACCUUAUUAAAAAAAAUUGUGAAAGCUUUUUGGUAUACAACUGAAACUACAUCUGGGGAAAUUCUUUUCUUUCCACGUCAUACGUGGUACAAAAUCCUGACGUUGUGGCUCGAGAAAUAUGCAGAAGAUAAUUUUAUCAGGACAAAUUUACUCGGAGAUGAAAAAUACAAUUAUGGUAGACUCAAGCUUGUACCUAAGAAGAACUCUUUUAGAUUAAUUUGUGUUCCGAUCAAAAGAAGCGCAAAUGUGUUGACGGCUCAGCUAAAUGAAGCAGAACAAGAAAGGCAAAAAAUUGAGUACAAUGUCUAUAGAGCUAACACCUUGAGACCAGUUAGAUUGAUAUUGAUUCACAAAUUAAACCAAAAAAUUCAAAAUGACAUACGUUAUUCAACUACAGCAUCAUCAACUAAGUACGUAGCUAAUCGAAUUAUAGAGUUUAAAUCUAAUUUAUUAGAACAAUAUUCUGGUAAAAUCCCAAAAUUACAUAUGAUUAAAUUUGAUAUGAAAGAAUGCUAUGACAGAAUGGACCAAAAAAAAUUAAUUGAAAAAGUAAUUGGUUUAUUCAAAAAUGACUCAUUUGAACAGAAAUAUUACUACACUCAGUAUUACAGAUGUGAUUCUUUACUAAGAAUUAACAAGAUCAAAUACAAAGUGGAUGAUGAUAUUCAUAAGCUCAAUAUGCUAUCACCAAACUUUGAUGAGUUACAGAAAGGGGCUUGGUCUGACAAAGGUAAAACAAUGGUGUUUACUAGGAGUAAAGUGCUUGAGGAAUGUAUUCAACAAAUAUUUGGUGCAAAGGGUUUUACGGUGGAUAAAACUUCUUCAGAAUUGAAAUUUUAUAGGAGAAAGCAAGGCAUUUUCCAAGGAUUUUCAUUAUCCAGUAUUUUUUGUGAUAUUUUAUAUAGCUCCAUGGUUGCUGAAAAUUUUAAAUUUUUAUGGCAAAAUGAGUCAACGGAGCCAUUUUUGUUUACGAGGAUGGUUGAUGACUUUUUGUUUUUAACUCCAAGUAAAGAUUUGUAUGCAAAGGUAUUGAAUGUCGUAAAUGGAGAUCAACUUGAAAAGUAUGGAGCUUAUGUAAACCAAGAAAAAUCUCAAUUCAUUGAUCAAGACGAUGAGGAUGUAUCAAUACCAAAAACUUUUCAAUUUGUCGGAUUGGAAAUUGAGCUUGAGACUUUAAACUUUAUUAAGGACUAUAAAGAUUUGGGAGUUUUGCCAACAACAAAUUAUAGAACUUUUAAGACUUUAUUAACUUUUUUGAAAAAUACAUAUCGUGUAAGGUUGCAUAACUACAUUAUAAAAAGGGAGCUUGAUUCCAAAAGUUCGGUUUUUCAAAAUGUUGGUAAUUUACUCGAGCUUGUUCUUUCAUCUUUUAAAAGUUCAUUUAAAAGAAUAAAUGCAAUUGAUCAAUUUGUUGUUGUUAAAUUCUGUGACUUUCUAAUGGAUAUCAUAGAUGAAACACUUCGAAAGUUUAUGAUUGUUAAUAAAUCCACUGAAGAUGUAGAUGAAUUGUUUGGUAGUCUUAAACAUAAUUUGCUAGAGAAUUUAAGUGGUGUGCAAUUUUCAGAGAUUGUAGAAUUUUUAAAACAAUUAGAAACAGAUUAA